AUGGCGUCUCCCAGUGGGAAGGGAGCCCGGGCGCCGGAGGCUCCUGGCUGCGGGCCUCAGCCACUCUCCCGGGACCUGGUGGACUCCGUGGACGAUGCGGAGGGGCUGUACGUGGCUGUCGAGCGCUGUCCGCUGUGCAACACCACCCGCCGCCGGCUGACCUGCGCCAAGUGCGUCCAGAACGGCGAUUUCGUCUACUUCGACGGUCGCGACCGGGAGAGGUUUAUUGACAAGAAGGAAAGGUUAAGCCGACUUAAGAGCAAGCAAGAAGAAUUUCAAAAAGAAGUGUUAAAAGCUAUGGAAGGAAAACGGAUAACAGAUCAGCUGCGUUGGCUGGAGUUUGUGAAGAUUGAGCAAGUGAAAGAGGAUAUAAUUGUUGGGUGUGAUUUAUUUAUUUUAGAUUCCGAAGGCCUCCUCAAAACCAAGGAAAAGAAUCAGAAGCUCCACAGUCGAGCACAAAGGCACCAGGAGAAAAAGGAGAAGAUUCAGAGACAUAAUCGCAAACUUGGUGACCUGGUAGAAAAAAAGACCAUUGACUUAAGAAGUCACUAUGAGCGUCUGGCAGAUCUUCGGCGAUCCCAUAUAUUAGAGCUCACCUCUGUCAUUUUCCCAAUUGAGGAAGUAAAGACUGGUGUGAGAGAUCCUGCAGAUGUGUCUUCAGAGAGCGACAAUGCCAUGACCUCCAGCACCGUGAGCAAGCUUGCCGAAGCGCGGAGGACGACAUACCUCUCAGGACGAUGGGUCUGUGAUGAUCACAACGGAGACACCAGCAUCAGCAUUACAGGGCCUUGGAUUAGCCUCCCCAACAACGGCGACUACUCUGCCUACUACAAUUGGGUGGAAGAGAAGAAAACGACGCCGGGGCCUGACAUGGAGCGUAAUAACCCCGCGUACACGAUCAGUGCUGCAUUGUGCUACGCAACUCAACUGGUCAACAUUUUGUCUCAUAUACUUGAUGUGAAUCUUCCCAAAAAGCUAUGCAACAGUGAAUUUUGUGGGGAAAACCUCAGCAAGCAGAAAUUUACUCGAGCAGUGAAGAAAUUGAAUGCAAAUAUUCUUUACCUUUGUUUUUCCCAGCAUGUAAAUUUAGAUCAGUUACAACCACUGCACACCCUCAGGAAUCUAAUGUACCUGGUCAGUCCGAAUUCCGAACACCUAGGCAGGUCGGGACCCUUUGAAGUGCGAGCAGACCUUGAGGAGUCCAUGGAGUUUGUGGAUCCCGGAGUUGCUGGAGAAUCAGAUGAGAGUGGAGACGAGCACAUAAGUGAUGAGGAAACUGACCUGGGCACGGACUGGGAGAACCUGCCAAGCCCCCGAUUCUGUGACAUCCCUUCCCAGCCCGUGGAAGUCUCCCAGAGCCAGAGCAGCCAGGCCUCUCCACCCAUUGCGAGCAGCAGUGCAGGAGGGAUGAUUUCCUCCGCAGCAGCCUCGGUGACCUCCUGGUUUAAAGCCUACACUGGACACCGUUAACAAGCAUGGACCAAAUCAUGCCAGGUUUGCAUCGAGAAAGUUCUCUCACUACAUUCUAGUAAACCAUAUCUGUUUAGUUAAGAUAGUGCCUGGAA